ACCAGGAGUUAAACUCUGGGGUGUGCACACCACGAUGGAUAACAAGGAUUUAGAAGCCGAAAUCCACCCCUUGAAGAAUGAAGACAGAAAAUCCCAGGAAAAUCUGGGAAACCAAUCAAAAAAUGAAGAUAACUUAAAAAGCAUGCCUCCGCAGUCCCGGCUCUCCCGAUGCCGAACAAUGGCAUUUUUCCUCUCAUUGUUUAUCUGCCUUUUCGUGGUGUUUGUCGUCUCGUUCAUCAUCCCGUGUCCGGACCGGCCUGUGUCACAGGGAAUGUGGAGGGUCGACUACAACGCAGCAGUCACCUAUGAUUUUCUGGCUAUGGAAGACGUAAACAGGGAUAGGAUCCAAGAUAUUCUCUUCCUCUAUAAAGAUACCAACAGCAGCAACACUUUCAACCGGUCCUGUGCUGACGAAGGGUUCUCCUCUCCCUGCGCCUUUGUGGCUGCUGUGUCGGGUGCCAGUGGUAGCAUGCUCUGGGAGAGGCCAGUGGCCCAAGACGUGGCCCUUGUGGAGUGUGCUGUGCCCCAGCUGAGGGACAGUGAAGCGUCUUCUGCCUGUGUCCUCGUGGGUAGUCCCAGUCCCUUCCUUGCCGUGGAUGUGUUCACAGGGGAAACCCUGUGGAGCUGUCCCAGCAGCUUUUGUAGGAAUGCUUCCAUCCAGCCCUUACUCCUGGUGCCGAAUGUUGACAGUGAUGGGGCUCCUGACCUGCUGAUUCUCAUCCAGGAGGAGAAGGAGGUUAACGGUCACAUCUACUCAGGCAGCACUGGGCACCAGAUUGGCCACAGAGGCAGCCUCGGUGUGGCUGGAGAGAGCGGCUCCCUCCUCCACGUCACCAGGACAGGCGCCCACUACGUCCUCUUCCCGUGUGAAGGUUCACUCUGUGGCUGCUCUGUGGAGGGUCUCUAUGAGAAGGUAACCGGGAGAGACGGCCCAUUUGAGAAAGACCCCCACUGGGAGAACAUGCUCAACGCCACCACCCACAGGAUGCACUUGCACAGCUUUGGAGUGGUCCGCUACCUGAUGAGCGUCCCGGGGAAAGCUGGCAAGGACGUGCUUCUGGUGAGCUCAGAGGCCUGCGAGCUGCUGGACGGGCAGGAGCUGGUACCCAGGUGGACCUUCCACGCCUCCCAGGUCCUCAGAAAACCCAUCCUUGGUCACUACAGACCAGAUGCCCUGGCCGUGGUCAUUGAAAACGAAACCGGCAUUGACAGACAGAUCCUGCUCCUGGACCUCAGCUCCGGAGCCAUGCUGUGGACCCACACCCUCCCGAGCCUCCCUGGUGGCCCGCCAUCCUCCAGCCUGCCGACUGCAGACCACCGCUCAGCCUUCUUCUUCUGGGGCCUCCACGAGACGGUCAGCACCAACGAGAUGGAGACUGGAGCCGCCCAGCACAGCCUGUACAUGUUCCACCCCACCCUGCCCAGAGUCCUGCUGGAGCUAGCCAAUGUCUCUGCCAAUGUCAUUGCCUUUAAUGUGGUCUUGUUUGAGCCAAGCCGCCACGCUGCCUACGUCCUCCUGACAGGCCCAGUGAGCUCGGACGUGCCCGGCCUGGUCUCUGUGACCAAGCACAAGGUGCAGGACCUUGUCCCAGGCAGCAGGGUGGUCCGCCUGGGGGCGGGCAGGUCAGACAGCGACCAGGCCAUCAGGGACCGGUUCACGCAGCUGCGGUAUCGGAGUGAGGCGUAGACGCAUGUGGGCCGGAGCGUGUGGGGGAGACUGCAGCUGCUGGAAU